AUGGAUAUUGGCCCAGUUGUGCAAACAUUAAAAUGGUGUUUGGAACUAUUUCGACCUGCUAUCUUCACAUCCGCGACAGGAUUUAAUACACAGAACCGUCGCACGUCCCAUCUUGAUGGCCUCCGAGGAUUUGCAGCAUUAAUUGUAUAUUUGUUUCACCACGAAGGUUGGAUUCACACUAUCACGAAUGAGGAACGCAUCUUAGCGAGUGCGUUUGGUUACGGGAACAAUUACUACUUUGCUUGCCUGCCUGGAGUCAGAAUAAUCUUCGCUGGCGGCCACUUCGCUGUGGGUAUCUUCUUCGUUAUUUCGGGGUAUGUGCUGUCGACAAAGCCUCUCAUGUGCAUCAAUGCAGGCGAAUACUCCAAACUGGGAGAGGUUUUGUCCUCCUCGCUGUUCCGAAGGUGGCUGCGCCUCUAUAUUCCCAUAAUCUUUACCACAUUCAUAUAUAUGACCUCAUGGCAUUUUCUCAACAUCCACGCAACGCCAGAUCCGAAAGGGAAUUACUGGGAUGAGAUUUAUAAUUGGUAUAUUGAGUUCCGAGAUUUUAGUUUCAUCUUCCGUGACUCUAGUGAUCCCUCUUUUACUUAUAAUCGACACACCUGGUCGGUCCCAGCAGAGUUUAAAGGUUCUAUUGUGAUUUACACAGCGCUGAUGGCAUUCUCACGAUGCACGCGCAAUUGCAGACUGUGGUGUGGGGUUGGGCUCAUUGUGUAUUUCUUAUAUAUUGUUGAUGGGUGGUUUUGCGCGAUGUUUCUUGGGGGAAUGCUCCUUUGCGACCUCGAUCUCCUCGCUGAGAGGAAUAAUCUACCGGAUUUCUUUGCAGCUCUGAGUCCUUUUAAAGGUAUACUCUUCUACCUCUCCUUCUUCGUCAGCAUAUACCUUGGCGGAGUCCCUUACCAGAGCGGCGAUGGAGCGGAACUCAGAGUAUCACCAGGAUGGUAUUAUAUAUCUUUUCUCCAACCACAAGCAGUGACGGAUUGCAAAUGGUUUUACUUGUUCUGGGCCUCCAUCUUCCUUGUGACCUCUAUCUCACGAAUUCGGUUACUCAAAGUCUUCUUUGAGGGGCGAUUCAACCAAUAUCUUGGCCGCAUCUCCUACGCAUUGUACCUGGUUCACGGACCGGUCCUCUGGUUACUAGGAUCUCGGAUGUACGCCGCAACAGGAUGGUCCGGUGACUGUGCUAUCCAUGUACCAGCGUGCGAGAAUCAAUUUUCAUUGCCAAAAAAUAAACCGAUGGGCUUGGAAAUGAGUUUCCUACUACCACAUUUGAUACUCCUGCCAGUUACAUUAUGGAUGGCGGAAAUCGUCACACGAUUAUUUGAUCAGACCAGUGUUCAGUUUUCUCAAUGGUUGUAUGGGAAGAUGUUACUGUAA